AACGAAGACGUCCGACAGGACAGUCUCGUUGAGCAGCUUUUCUCAGUCGUCAAUGGGAUUCUAAAUCGUGGCGAACCUUCAGCCUUUCUUCGCACUUAUAAGGUGGUGCCUUUGGAUAGCAAAUGUGGUAUAAUAGAAUUCUGCCAAGGAACAGUAUCGCUAAAAGAGCUUCUAUGUGGGACGGACCUUGUUAGUGGCCUGCAUCUGAAAGAAGAGCCGUUUGAUAGAAAAGCCCUCCAAGUGCGAACCAUGUUGAAAGAUGCCGCAAAGACGCAAGUGAGCGAAGCAUCGAAGAUGUUCCGAGCAGCUUGCGCUGUAUUUAAACCUGUCUUCAGGCACUUCUUCUAUGGGCAGCACAGUACGGUCCAUUCAUGGGCGCAUAUGAUUGACAAUUAUAGACGGAGUCUGGCUCAAUGGAGUAUAGUGACCUAUGUCGUAGGCCUUGGUGAUCGCCACCUCAGUAAUGUGCUCUUCGAGACUGACACCUGCAAACUGGUCCAUAUUGACUUAGGUAUGAUCCUGGAGUACAGUAAAAGAACGCUGCCGAUCCCUGAACGGGUCCCGUUUCGCCUCACGAGAGAUCUUUUGGAUCCAAUCCUGAUCGAAGGAACAGACGGGCGACUUGGAGAAGAUGCGGUCCGAGCGAUGCGGUUGCUCCGAGAAAGCAAGCAUGUGAUCCUUGGUCUAGCGUCAGUAUUGCUGCGAGAAACAAUUUCCAAUUUCGAAGAAGUUGAAUCAAGCGGAGGAGAACGUCCCUCGUUCGUCUCAGAAACCGCUAUUGCACGACUUCGCGACAAGCUUGAAUGGGACUGA